AUGCCUCCGGCACGUCCCGUCAGACAGCGGCUCGUCACCAACGAGAAUGACGAGAAUGGCGCAGUCGCCGCCCGUAUGACGCGUGCAAAGACGGCUUCGCUUCACACGGAGGAUCUCGCCGUCCCCGCCAAGCCCCUCCAAACCAAGCGGUCUGCUCAACCCGCUGCUGCGCAGCCCGGCCUGCGGAAGCGCGCCGCGCUGGGCGAUGUCAGCAAUGUCACCAAGACCGACGUGGUCGAGGCUAAGAAGGCCUCCGGCAAGGUCAGCCUGGUGUCCAAGGCUGCCCAGCCAACCGGAGUACAGAAGGCCACGUCCCGUCCCACCACCCGCACAGCCCUUGCCACCAAGGAGGCGGCCAAGAAGGCCACCGAGGUCAAGAAGUCCGGCCACGGCGCAAUCAGCACCGUCCAGAAGAGGAAAGCCGCCGCUGCAGCAGCCGCUGCUGCCGCUGCCGUGGUGAAGGAGGAGACGCCAGCCGACGAAGAGCCUGCCCGGAAGAAGGCCCACACUGCGCCAGCGCGGGCCGAGGAGCCAGUCAAAGCCAAGAAGGAGCCUGUUGUCGAAAAGGUCAUCGAGAAGGCUGUCCAAAAGGCGGCUGCCGAGAAGGCUGCCCAGAAAGCCGCUGCUGCCGAGAAGGCUGCCGAGAAGGCUGCUGAGAAGGCUGCCGAGAAGGCCGCCCAGAAAGCUGCCGCUGCCGAGAAGGUUGUCCAGAAAGCUGCCCAGAAAGCCAUCGUCGAAAAGGCUCUCCCAGUAGAGGAGCCCGUCGAAAAGUAUGAAUCGGUCGAAUUCGUCUUUCCCGAAGGCGUCAAGGAUCUCGAUAGCGAGGACCUGCACGACCCGCAGAUGGUGGCCGAAUAUGCUCCGGAGAUCUUCGAGUACCUCUGCGACCUGGAAUGCAGCUCCCUGCCGAACCCUCGCUACAUGAACCACCAAGACGAGCUGGACUGGAAGACGCGUGGUGUCCUCAUCGACUGGCUGGUCGAGGUCCACACCCGCUUCCACUUGCUGCCCGAGACGCUCUUCCUCGCCGUCAACAUUGUCGACCGGUUCCUCUCGGCCAAGGUAGUCCAGCUCGACCGCCUGCAGCUGGUCGGCGUUACCGCCAUGUUCAUUGCCGCAAAGUACGAGGAGGUCCUCUCGCCUUCGGUCAGCAGCUUCCGGCACGUGGCCGAUGAUGGAUUCAGUGAGGCCGAGAUCCUCAGCGCCGAGCGCUUCAUGCUGGGAACCCUCAACUACGAUCUCAGCUACCCGAACCCGAUGAACUUUUUGCGCCGUGUCUCGAAAGCGGACAACUAUGACAUCCAAACCCGGACCGUGGCAAAGUAUCUGACGGAGAUCAGCCUCCUCGAUCACCGGUUUAUGUCCUACCGACCCAGCCACGUUGCCGCUGCCGCCAUGUUCCUGGCACGAUUGAUUCUUGACCGGGGUGAAUGGGACGAGACCCUGUCCUUUUACGCAGGCUACAACGAGGAGGAGAUCGAGCCGGUGGCCAUUCUCAUGAUUGACUACCUGGCUCGACCGUCUACCCACGAGGCAUUCUUCAAGAAGUAUGCCAGCAAGAAGUACUUGAAGGCUUCCCUCAUCACUCGCCAGUGGGCAAAGAAGAACGCAACUCACUUCGGCAUCACGGAUACAGACCUGUCCGUGGACGAGAUCUCAUGA